AUGGACGUGGCUCUCAUCACCGGAGGUAACGCUGGCAUCGGCGAGGCCGUUGUUCGUCUCUUAGCCAAGACUCCCAAUUUCCACGUCAUUAUUGGAUCUCGCCGUCUCGAAUCGGGCAACGAGCUUGCCAACUCUCUCAAGGAGCAAGGCUACUCUGUUUCUGCUAUUCAAUUAGAUAUCGCUUCCGACGACUCAAUCGACAAAGCCAUCGAGGAAAUCGCCAAUAACCACGGAAAGCUCGAUGUCCUCGUCAACAAUGCGGGCGUUCUUCUGGAUACUCACCAAGACGCCUUCGUAUCUACUCGAGAUCUUUUCUCCCAGACAUUCAACACCAACGUCUUCGGUACUGCGGCCCUGACUGAAGCUGCUCUUCCCCUGCUGCAAAAGGGCAAUCAUCCUCGUGUAGUCUUCGUCUCAUCGACAAUGGGCUCGUUGGCGGUCUCAGGCGACCCGACUACUUUCUUCUACAACGUCGAUUACAAAGCCUACGACGCUAGCAAAGCGGCUGUGAACAUGCUAGCAGUCAAUUAUGCCCGCAUUCUGAAGCCUUAUGGUGGAGUUUCGAACGCCAUCUGCCCGGGUUUGGUCAAAACUAAGAUGACUGGGUUCAUAGACGCAGGUACGCCUGUUGAGGUUGGAGCUGAGCGCAUCGUCCAGCUCGCAACCGCUGCACCAGGUGGUCCCUCUGGAACCUUUUCGAACAAAGAUGGGCCUAUUCCUUGGUAA